CAUUUAUAAUGUUAUUUCUUCCCUUAUUCGUUUAAAAAUAAAAAUAAAUUUAUUUCACUCAAAAUCUCCCUCCACAUGCAAAAUAAAUAAGGGAAUGAGAGGGGUACAUCCGUCAUUGGACUCUAUAAGUCUAUAACUGAAGUGUACGACAGAUCGCAAACCACCAUCAUCAAAUUGUUCACAUUCCGUGCGAGACGACGAAUCGACUCUUCCUCUGCCCUUCCCCUUCCGUUCUAAAGCAAUCAUCACUUCACCUUCUUCUCUGCAAUUUAUCAAAACUUCAUCCAUGGAAUGCGCCGAUUGAUUCUACAUUUUUCUGUAUGAAUCCGUCGACAUCCUUUAAUUUAAUCGCAGAGAUGUCUUCUUCUUCUUCUUCUUCUUCUUCUAACACGCCUACCGUUUCCAUUUCCAUAACCUCCGAUCCUCUGCUUUCUACUCUCCUCUCUUUCUUCGCUCUCACUCUCCUCUACUUCCCUCGCCUUCUAUGGAGAAUCCUUUUCUCUCCGAUUUUCCUCCUCACCGGAUUCCUCUUGCUCUCUCUCCUUCGCCUCGGUGCAACUCAGAGAUCGUUUCUUCGCCAAACCAACGACAACAACAAUCAAAUUGAAUGCGAAGAAUCCGCCGAGAACGACGCCGCAGUACAAUCGGAGAGUUCCACCGCCGUAUCGGAGUCCGUAAGUGGAGGAUCAAAAUGUGCCGAUUCUGUUUCGUGCAAGUGCUUCGAGGAAUCUUUCGUACAGUGGAACGUGAGGGCGCCGUUGGAGGUUAUUUACGAGGAGUACGAAGGGGAAGAUCACGAUAAGGAAGCAUCGAACGAGAGCGAUCCAGAACCUCGACAGGUACGCAUCGGACUGGAGAGGUAUCCAUCGCUAUCGCUGUACUAUCCGGAAACGGACUCCGACAGCUCGUCGGAGGACAAUUUCCCGACGACUGGAGACUGGGACUCGCUUGACGAUCACUUGUGUUUGAUGUGGGAUGAGGAUGAAGACAGAGAUGAACUCAUCGAGAUUGCGUUGGAUAAGACGAACAAGAAGGCAUCGGAAUUUCUGCUGGAGGAGGACAAUUUGAUCGAGAUCGAGAUUGAUAUUUCUCCAAUAAGAAAGUCCGAUGAGUUUCCCCACGAAAAAUGAGGCUUCCCUGGAGAGAUUCGGGAGCAUUAGCUGUCUGGAUUAGGUGAUGGAGUUGAAGAGGAGGCUGUCACGUGAUGUUUAUCAUUUUUCUUUUUAUAAUUAGUUGCUCCAGUUUGGUUUCAGAUUUCAGAUUCUCUCCUUCUCGCACGUGACUGCCAUGCGCACAUUUUCCCAUCCCAACCAUGCUUACCACGCAAACGGCUGUCUGGUAUCUAAUAAUCACAAUUAUUAACAUUACAUAUAACAUCAAAUACUUACUAAUA